ACUCACACUCCUCAUCCCCACCCCUCUCUCCAGGACCUGGGUCAGGCAGCCGCUGGGGCAGGGGACAGGUCCCGAGUUGGCAAGAACAGAGCCUGCUCUCCCAGGUCUCGCUCGCUGGUCAGGGAGCUGGAGGAGCUCCAUCCAGUGGAAGAGGACUGGGGACCCCAACUGCCUACCCUUCCCUUCGCCGGAGCCUCUGGCGUCUAUCCUUCCUCUCGCUGCCGGGCCCUCCUCGCCCCCACCCCCCACGUGACCCCGCCCAGCAGGCCCUGCCCAGGCUGCUGCCACCGACCCACAGGCCCUGGGUCCGCACCCCAGGCUGGCGGCAGGACUGUCCUGACCGUGGGGACGGCCAGCCAGCUUGUUCCCUUCAGGGGCACGCACCUCCCCCUGCACGCAUCCCUGUAACCCGAGCCGCUCGCAGCGCCUCCCCGCGCGGCCCCACUGGGCCCGAGGCCCCGACAGUGAAUCCGCAGACGCCAUGGGCCUCGGGGCCUGCAUGUCCUCAGCGGCGUCGGGGGCCCAAGCCCAGGCCCGCCGGCUGGAAGCUGUGCUGGGCGCCCUGUGCCUGCUGCCCGCACUCCUACUGCUGGCCCGGCUCGGGGCUCCUGCCGCCCGGUUGGGGGCCGGCGGGGCACAGGGAGCCGUCGCCGCACCCUACCAGGCGGAUGUCUUCGCCACUCCAGGACCCGGUCCUCCGCCCCUCCAGGUGCCCCGCAGACGCCGCUACACGCUGACCCCAGCCAGGCUGCGCUGGGACCACUUCAACCUCACCUACAGGAUCCUCUCCUUCCCGCGGAACCUGCUGAGCCCCAGUGAGACCCGGCGGGGCCUGGCUACCGCCUUCCGCAUGUGGAGUGACGUGUCCCCCUUCAGCUUCCGAGAGGUGGCCCCUGAGCAGCCCAGCGACCUCCGCAUAGGCUUCUACCCGGUCAACCACACGGACUGCCUGGUCUCCGCACUGCACCACUGUUUCGAUGGCCCGACAGGCGAGCUGGCACACGCCUUCUUCCCUCCGCACGGCGGCAUCCACUUUGACGACAGCGAGUACUGGGUCCUGGGCCCCACGCGCUACAGCUGGAAGAAAGGCGUCUGGCUCACCGACCUGGUGCACGUAGCGGCCCACGAGAUCGGCCACGCGCUGGGCCUGAUGCACUCGCAGCACGGCCGGGCACUCAUGCACCUGAAUGCCACUCUGCGGGGCUGGAAGACGCUGUCGCAGGACGAGCUGUGGGGGCUGCACCGGCUGUAUGGCUGCCUGGACCGGCUCUUUGUGUGCACAUCCUGGGCCCGGAGGGGCUUUUGCGACACCCGCCGCAGGCUCAUGAAGAGGCUCUGCCCCAGCAGCUGUGACUUCUGCUACGAGUUUCCCUUCCCCACGGCGGCUGCCACCGCGCCCCCGCCCAGAACGAAGACCAGGCUGGUGCCCGAGGGCCGGAACGUGACCUUCCGCUGUGGCCAGAAGAUCCUGCACAAGAAAGGCAAAGUGUACUGGUACAAGGACCAGGAGCCCCUGGAGUUCUCCUACCCCGGCUACCUGGCGCUGGGCGAGGCGCGCCUGAGCAUCAUCGCCAAUGCCAUCAACGAGGGCACCUACACGUGCGUGGUGCGCCAGCGGCAGCGCGUGCUCAGCACGUACUCCUGGCGGGUCCGUGUGCACGGCUGAGCUGCCCGCGGGGCCGAGGCCGCUCAUAAAGCACUUUCUC